UUGUUUUACGUUUCAGCUGCCAAAGAAAGUGAACAAUGAAACUGCCGUUUCUUUUGGCUCUGGCAGUCUGUUCUGCAGUCAGCACGAAUCUGAAGAUGGUGUCAAAAAGAAAUUCUGUGGAUGGCUGCAUUGACUGGUCAGUGGAUCUCAAGACAUACAUGGCUCUGGCAGGUGAACCAGUCAGAGUGAAAUGUGCCCUUUUCUACAGUUACAUUCGCACCAACUACAGCAUGGCCCAGAGUACUGGGCUCAGGCUUAUGUGGUACAAAAAUAAAGGUGAUUUAGAAGAGCCUAUCAUCUUUUCAGAGGUCAGGAUGAGCAAAGAGGACGAUUCAAUAUGGUUUCACUCAGCUGAGGCUCAAGAUAGUGGGUUCUACACUUGUGUUUUGAGAAAUUCCACAUAUUGCAUGAAGGUAUCAAUGUCCUUGACUGUUGCAGAGAAUGAAUCAGGCUUGUGCUACAAUAGCAGGAUCCGCUACUUAGAAAAAUCUGAAGUCACUAAAAGAAAAGAGAUCUCCUGCCCAGAUAUGGAUGAUUUUAAGAAGUCUGAUCAUGAACCCGAUGUUGUGUGGUACAAGGAGUGCAAGCCAAAAAUGUGGAGAAGCAUUAUAAUACAGAAGGGGAAUACUCUUCUCAUUCAGGAAGUUCAAGAAGAAGAUGGAGGAAAUUACACGUGUGAACUUAAAUAUGAAGGAAAGCUUGUAAGACGAACAACAGAACUGAAAGUUACAGCUUUACUCACAGACAAGCCUCCCAAGCCUUUGUUCCCCAUGGAGAAUCAGCCAAGUGUUAUAGAUGUCCAGCUGGGUAAACCUCUGAACAUUCCUUGCAAAGCUUUCUUUGGAUUCAGCGGAGAGUCUGGACCAAUGAUGUACUGGAUGAAAGGCGAGAAGUUUAUUGAAGAACUGGCAGGUCACAUUAGAGAAGGUGAAAUAAGGCUUCUAAAAGAGCAUCUUGGAGAAAAAGAAGUUGAAUUAACACUCAUCUUUGACUCAGUGGUGGAGGCUGACUUGGCUAAUUAUACCUGCCAUGUGGAAAACAGAAACGGACGGAAACAUGCCAGUGUUCUGCUUCGUAAAAAGGAUUUAAUCUACAGAAUUGAGCUUGCAGGGGGCCUGGGAGCAAUCUUACUCCUCUUUAUACUGCUGGUGAUUGUCUACAAAUGCUACAACAUAGAAUUGAUGCUUUUCUACCGACAGCAUUUUGGAAGUGAUGAAACUACUGAUGACAACAAGGAAUAUGAUGCCUAUCUAUCUUACACAAAAGUGGAUCAAGAUACUUUAGAUUGUGACAACCCUGAAGAAGAACAGUUUGCUCUUGAAAUACUGCCAGAUGUUCUAGAAAAACACUAUGGAUAUAAACUCUUCAUCCCAGAAAGGGAUCUGAUUCCAAGUGGAACAUACGUUGAAGAUCUCACAAGAUGUGUUGAGCAAAGCAGAAGACUUAUUAUCGUGCUAACUCCAGACUAUAUUCUCAGACGAGGAUGGAGUAUUUUUGAACUGGAAAGCAGACUCCAUAACAUGCUAGUCAGUGGUGAAAUCAAAGUGAUUUUGAUUGAGUGUACAGAAUUGAAAGGAAAGGUGAAUUGCCAGGAAGUGGAAUCACUAAAGCGAAGCAUCAAACUUCUAUCACUGAUCAAGUGGAAGGGACCCAAAAGCAGCAAAUUAAAUUCUAAGUUUUGGAAGCACUUAGUGUAUGAAAUGCCCAUCAAGAAAAAAGAAACGCUAUCCCAUUGCCAUGCUCUAGACUCUGCGGAGCAAGGGCUUUUUGGCGAACUCCAGCCUCUACCCUCAAUUGCCAUGACCAAUACCUCGGCCUCUAUGGCACCGUCUCAAGCUGAGCUCCCUGAAUUCCAUCACUCAGAUUCAAUGCAAAUGAGGCACUGUUGCAGAGGAUAUAAACAUGAAAUGCCAAGCACCACCUUGCCACUACCAUCUUUAGGCAACCACCACACUUACUGCAACUUGCCACUAACACUACUCAAUGGACAACUACCCCUUAAUAACGCUCUGAAGGAUACAGAGGAAAUUCCUAGGAACAAUUCCCUUUUACCUUUAUCAUCCAAAGAGCUGAGCUUCACCAGUGAUAUUUGGUAGUGAAAAAAUCCUCAGUUCCUCUGAAAAGCUAUAUGAGCACACAGAGUAUGUAGUGUACGAAGCAUAAAUACACCUAAUAACACUGAGGUGCUGAAAAACUAAAGAAAAAGGCACAAAAAUCACGUUUGUACUUAUAUAUUUUUGUUUACAUUUCCAGAACUGUGGGGGAAAAGAAGAUCUUCCUUUUGUAGUAUGUCACCUUGCCUCAGUGUACAGUUUUGAUUUUUUUUCCUGAAAUGAAAGAAAAUUUUAAAUUGUGACAUUUUAGAGCAUGUUUUAUGCCACAUGGACUGC